AUGCAUUUAGUCCAAGUGCAGUCCCAGCCAGAAUAUCACCAGAGAAUGCUCAAGGUUUUCGUUUUUUUCGCCCUGCUGAGUGGGGUCCUAACCGCCACGGUCAUUUACCACCACCCCGUGAUCUAUCAUCAUCCUCUGCCGGUGGCCUCCACGCCCCAGGAACUGGAUCAGCAUCCUGGCUACACCAUCGUGGCACCUCUCACCAAGAUUGCCCACGUCACCUACGAUUCCGUGCCCAUUUCGCACACGCCCUACGAACAUGUUCCACUCUUCCAGCGGAUCGGUCAUGUGAAGAAUAAGAGGUUCUAG